AUGACAAAAACCAGUGUCGCGCCCCUUCAGCCCACCGAGGCCCAACCUCAGCCUCUGCCUCGGGCUAGGUCUCUCCGUCGCCACCGCAGUGAGAGGAACCUCAACCCGGUUCAGCUCCAGGCCUUCGAAUGGAACCUGCCUGCGGAUCACAAGCACUGGAGACGGCUUCGCCAGGCACUACCCGCACUCAAGUCCGUCGGCGUCAACAGUCUGUGGCUGCCCCCCGGCAGCAAGGCCAAGUGCCCCGAGAGCAACGGCUAUGACAUCUACGACGCCUGGGAUCUGGGAGAGUUCAACCAGAAGGGGUCCGUCCCCACCAAAUGGGGCACCAAGGCAGAAUUGGUGUCUCUGGCGGCGGACGCGGAGAAGAACAGCAUCGGCCUUGUCUGGGACGCGAUCCACAACCACCGCGCCUAUGCGGACAGCACCGAGAUGGUCAAGGUCGUAGAGGUGGAUCCUUCAGAUAGGCGGAUAGACAUCACAGACCCCUACGAGAUAGAGGCGUGGACCAAGUUCGACUACGAAGCUAGAGGGGGCAAGUACAGCAAGUUCAAGUACAACAAGUCGCACUUCAACGGCACGGACUGGAACCAGAUCAACAGCAAGAGGGCCAUCUACAGGUACGUCGAGGACGGCAAGAACUGGCACCGCGAUGUCGGCACGAGCCAGGGCAACGCCGACUACCUCAUGCUCGAGAACCUCGACUACACCAACCCGGACGUCGUGCGGGAGCAGCACCAGUGGGGCCGCUGGAUCGUCGACGAGCUCAGCCUACGCGGGUUCCGCGUCGACGCCGUCCAGCACAUCUCGUGGAACUUCAUCAACGAGUGGUCCAAGCUGCUCCGCAAGAGAAACCGCCACGACCUCAUGUUCAUCGGCGAGUUCUGGCACGGCGACGUUCGCGUCCUGACCCAGUGGCUGGACCACAUGCACUCCUUCUUCAGCCUCUACGACGUCCCGCUCAUGUACCACAUCGCGAGGCUCUCGUGGCACGACGACACGGACCUGAGGGAGGUUUUCAAGAACACCCUCGUGGAACAGCGGCCCGACAACGCCGUGACUUUUAUCCGAAACCACGACACUCAGAAAGGCCAGGCCAUGGACACGUCCAUCUGCAAGGAGUUCAUGCCCCUCGCCUACAGCCUCCUCCUCCUCCGGCGGGAAGGCCACCCGUGCGUCUUCUUCGGUGACCUCUACGGCAUCGGCUUCCCCCACCCCGAGGCCCCCAUCGAGGGCCUGCCCAACCUCCUGUUGGCGAGAAAGCUCUACGCGCACGGCAAGCAGGAGGACUACUUUGAGCGGCGCGACUGCAUCGGCUGGGUCAGGCGCGGCAACGACGAGAGGCCCGACGGCCUCGCCUUCGUCAUGAGCUGGUCCAAGGCCGAGGACCCGGACACCCGGCUCUGCAUGGAGGUCGGCCACAGUCACGCCGGCGAGGUCUGGACCGACGUACUCGGCCUGGAGUCCGAGCCCGUCACCAUCGACGAGAACGGCCUCGGCCUCUUCCGCUGCGGACGGAACAGCAUGGCGUGCUUCGUCAGGAGCGACGCCAAAGGGAGGAAGAAGUUCCCCGUGAAGUUUAACGCCGACUUCCAGAGUCUAGUGGAAUAG